UCCAUCAAGGGAUUGGAAGAUCAUUUCUAUACUUGGUAUAUGGCUGGAAGAAAUAACACCAUAGUAAUUGAAUUCAUUCUUCAGGGAUUUUCUCUUGAUAGAGAGCUGGAAAUUGUCCUCUUUGUGUUUGUCUUUGUGGUGUACAUUCUGACAAUGGUAGGAAACAUGGGCAUGAUUUCACUCAUUCGAUUAGAUUCCAGACUUCACACCCCCAUGUACUUUUUCCUCAGUAAUUUGGCUUUUGUUGACCUCUGUUACUCUUCCUCAAUAGCCCCCAAAUUCUUGGCAACUCUCUUGACCAAACAGAAUACAAUUUCUUUCUAUGCUUGUGCAACUCAGCUAGGCUUUUUUCUCACAUUCCUAAUUUCUGAGAUGUUUCUCCUUGCUGUGAUGGCAUAUGACCGCUAUGUGGCCAUUUGCAAUCCUCUUCUCUACAUGGUAGUUAUGUCUCAGAGGGUUUGUAUACAGCUGGUGACAGGUCCUUACUUGUACAGCUUUUCAGUUUCUUUGCUCCAUACUAUGGUCACUUUUCGCUUGAUCUAUUGUAGUUCUAAUGUCAUCAAUCAUUUCUACUGUGAUGAUGUGCCACUGAUGGAGCUUGCUUGCUCAGAUACCAGUCUCAAAGAGAUUUUGAUUUUUAUCUUUGCUGGGUUCAACAUGAUCAGCUCCUUGUUAACAGUUCUUAUUUCAUAUUUGUAUAUUGCCACUGCCAUCUUGAAGAUCCAAUCAACUGAAGGAAGACGCAAAGCUUUCUCCACCUGUGCUUCUCACCUGAGUGCAGUUACUCUCUUCUAUGGGACAUUGAUCUUUAUGUAUCUGCAGCCCAAAUCAAAUCAUUCCCUGGACACAGAUAAAAUGGCCUCAGUGUUCUACACAAUAGUGAUCCCUAUGCUGAAUCCUAUGAUCUACAGCCUGAGGAACCAAGAAGUGAAAAAUGCACUAAGGAAAGUGAUUGAAAAACUGCAUUCAUUAUUCUUUGCAUAUCUAAAAAAUUGA